AUGAAACGUCGGACGUCAUCACACAACUCUAGCUUUGGAAGCAGUCCAAGCACUGACUGCAGUAUCAUGGCCUCAGGAACUGUGGACGCCAUGGCAACUCAAGAGCAGACAGACACAGCAGAAGAGUGUCCAGGAAAGAAGAAGUCCAAAUUCCAGACAUUCAAGAAUUUCUUUGCCAAGAAGAAGAGAAAGGAGGCUGCCUGUCCCGGAGGGGAGAGUGUGCUGAAGUCCAGUCAGUCUAGUGAUGAUGUCAACACACCUGAACUGAGCCAGAUGCACCCAGAUAAAGACAGUGAAUCAGGGUCCAAGAUCAACAUGGGAAAUAAAGCUUUGUCACAUGAUAGCGUCUUUGUCUCAGAUUUGGCCUCAUCAGAGGCCAACGAAAGUCUAGGGGCUUCCCAGGACAGCAUUCAUGGAAAAGUAAAAUCUCUACAGCUGCAGCUGAAACAGGCCAUCCGACUGGGCUCCCCCCCAUCACUCAUCUGUGUGAAGAAGGGUGAAGAUGCUGGGGCUUUAUCUGAAGAUGAUGGCCUGCCGUGCAGUCCUCCAGAGUACUCCACCCUGCACACAGUGCUAGCCAGCUCCUCUCACAGGUCAUCUGGGCUGGUCCAAAGAACCAGCUCCCUAAGCAUGGAGGGCUCAGACACUGAUGAUGAGCAGAUACAGGUAUCCUCGGAAGCUUUGUCAAGACCAGUCAGUCCACUCGUUUGUGUCCCAGUGGAUUUUAGCCAACCAGCCAGUUCUCUUGCCUGCCUGGACUGCUCUGCCGCCCGCCAUCGCAUUGCCGUGAAAACCAAUGCCUGCACCAAGAGGAAGCCAGCCAGUAGAGCAAUGUUGGAGAAAAAGAGAACAGAUUUGAGGGAACGAGUGCUUCUCAAAAACCAAGAGGAUCUAUUAAGUGUCAUCACAAGAGACUCAAGUGUGGAGGAAGAGAAAAAUGAAGGUGUUCAUUCAGUGAAGACCAUUGUUGUUGAUGAGGUUGGAGAAGAGAUGGAUGAGAGCCUGGAAGAGUUUCAAUCAAGGCCCUCUGUCACACCACAAACUGAUGAAGAGCAGCCUAACUCUGCACAAAGUCAGAGAAUGUCCUCUGUAUCCUCCGCCUAUCCUGAGAUCCCCUCAAAUGAGGAGGAAUGUGUUUCUGAUGGAAAUCCCAUUCCCCAGCUCAAGGUCCAAGAAAUCUCUUGGGAAACUCCGGCAUCUCUUGAACUGCAAACUGAUGAUUUCCUGUUGGACUCUGGUUGUGAGGUUGUCACAGAAGAACCAGGGUCAUUACUACAGGAAGUCCUCAGUUCCCUGCGGGGGCCUCUAGCAUCAGGACUAGUGCUGGAGCCUGAGAGCAUGGUGCUACAAAUGGGGAGGGAAGAUAUGACUUCUGACAGUGUGGUAGAUGUGACCGGUGCACAGCUUCCUCAGACUGUAGAACCUACAGAGAACUUGGAGAACAUGAUGGCCCUCAAUGAGGACCAUCACUUUGAACCAACCGAUGGUCCCCUAGUAGAAGAGGAGUUGUCAGAGGAAGACAAUGCCGUGGAGAAAUUAGAGUUGUUUGAGACAACAAAUGACUUGCAAAUACCUGAAGGAAAUUUUGAGAGGGAGGAAUAUGAGGAUGAAUACAAAGAUGGAGAAGGGGAAAGCAAGGAGUUGGAGGAGGAGGAGGAAAACGAGGUGGAGGAGGUGGGUACUGAAUUCCAGGAAAAAGAUGCUGUGGUAAAAGAGUGUGUUAAUGAAGAGGAAGUAAAGGAUGAAAGCAAAGAAAAUGUUUGUGAUGAUGAGGAAGAGGAAGAACUCAGAGAGGAGGACAUCAUCAUUGAUGUAGAGGAGAGUGAAGAAGAUGAUACAAACAAACAUCUACAAGCCCAAGAUGAGACUUACCCCACUGAGGCACAAAGAGAUGACGUCUUGGGAAACGAAACCAAUUCAGCAAUCUUCAUAGUUGAGGAUGUGUCUGACCAAGCAAGUGAAAAUGAUGGCUCUGACGUAACAGAUGCUAUGAACCAGCCAGAUGACCUCACACUUUCCAUUAUAGAGCCAAAUGAGGAACCCUCUCCCCAAGUUUCUACCAACCUUGAGCAAAAAUCUCUGAAUAUUGAUCUUAAAUUCCCUGAUCCAGCUGAGAGCAGUGAAGAUGAAGCUGACAGUCAACAAGAGCAACCUAUUAGACAGCAAGAGGAACCUGAGGAACACCAAGAAGACCCAGAGCAAAAGCAAGACUUGGAUGGUCAGCAGAAAGUGGGGCCUGCUGAAAAAGAUCAAGAACCUACAAGUCAGACAGAUCUGCCUGGAAAGCAACUAUUGGGUCUCCAUGAAAGCCACCCUCGAUUUACCAUUGCCCCUGCUUGGCAGAGGUCACUGUCUGGUGGAUCUGUCAAGGAGCAGACUCAGGUAGCCACAUUGACUCCAGCUGAGGAAGGGCCUGUAGUGAAUAAAGAUACACCCACCGAGACAGAGAUCUUCAGUGCUAUAAAAGCUGACCGACCAUCCAGCCCACUUUGUACUCGUACACCAUCCCCUCCUCUAACCAGAGAAAAUUCUCUGGUUCAGGAAGAACCAACUCCAGAGAAUCCCUUUGGAGUCCGACUGAGGAAGACUGCGGUUCUGCUACGGUACAGCUCUGAAGGAGAGACCCCUGGGGCCACAACGCCAGCAGAGCUCAUAGAGCGACCAAAAGCCCAAACCCCCGAGCAACAUGCCAAGAAACCUGCCCUGCCCAAGAAACCAGAUCUACAUGGUGACAACACUGUGAAGCUCAAGAGAACUCCAGAGCCAGCUCCGGCUAGAGCACCAGUGGAAAGCUCAGAGUCUCCAAGCUGGAUCUCAGUUGCCAGACAGAAGCAAAGGAUCUUCAAAGAGAACUCUUUGGAGGAAACUUUGGAGAGAAAACUCCCCUUGGAGGAGGGAUCAGACAGAAAAACCUUGGCACCUGCCUUAUCAAAUCUGGUCCACAAAGAUCAUCAGAAGCCUUCGGGUUCACCUGUAAAAGUAUCCUGCUCCCUGGAGAUAUCAAAACCCACUCUUGUGGAGAAGGAGGGUAAGAGAGCCCUGGCCCACCCGUCUCCAGCUCCAGCUGCUCAGGAUGAGCCUCCCUGGCUGGCAUUAGCCAAGAAGAAAGCCAAAGCAUGGAGUGAGAUGCCCCAGAUUGUGCAGUGAAGAUUGGCUUUGCAGGCCUUUCCAAUGCACAUCAAUUUCCUCUGAACUGCAUUUGCACACCUAAAGGGUAGCCUGUUCCCAACACUUUUGAGUGAUUUCACAAUACACAAGGAUGUACAAGCAUCAGUAUAGGUAGAUUUUGGGUGAGCAAAAUGAGUACAAUAGGACACACAUCUAGCACACAUCUAUCCUUUUAAACACCAGUGGCCCAGGAGCAAAGAAAAUAGGUUAGGGGGCCAAGUAAAAUUAUUGGGAUUGGGUUUAUGUCUGAUGUCUCAUACUUUCUCUUCCUUCUUUUAUGCCUUCAUGCUCAGGUUUAGAUGUCAGUGACCUGCAACC